UUAUGGUUUCAUCACAUGACCCUUUUAUUUUGUUCCCGUGAUCAAAUUGUGGAAAUUCAAAAAUAAUUACAAUGGCAAUGGCCAAAGUGGAAAUUGACGUUGAUGACAUGCAUGAAAAUUCACUUGAUAACAGUGCAGAUAUUGAGUAUUUGGGCAUGGUAGAUGAAGGAUCUUUUGGGAGUAACGAAGAGAAGUCCCAACUUGUGUCUCAGCCCUACCUGGAGCCCCACGACACUAAUACUACGUAUAGCUUCAAAGAUAUAUCUGGUGCAGUCAAGUACAAAUUAAUAACUAUGACAGGAGAAGAAGCUGGCAUCAACAUCACACAUUCACCUUCUCCUGAUGCAGAAUAUUUUGUAAUUAGCAAUCCUGUAGAAGUUUUUGGUACAACAACUACGCCAAAGAAAAAUGCGCGCAGAGAUCCACUCCAGACAAAAGCAGUUACAGCAAAAAAGCGUGACGACAAAAGACGAGCUACCCACAACGAGGUAGAACGACGUCGUCGAGAUAAAAUCAAUAGUUGGAUCUCUAAACUGGCUAACUUAGUUCCCAAUUCUGGUCUACCGGACUCUGCAAGUAAAGGAGGAAUAUUAGCUAAAGCAUGUGAUCAUAUCACAGACUUAACGGAGAAACAAAAGAGAUUAGAAAAACUGGAAGUUGAGAAUGAAAAACUUGUACUAGAAAUAUUGAGACUUAACCAAGAGCUGACUGAGGUGCGUAAAGAGAACAGCUCAAUGCGCAACCAACUUGCGGACAACUGCAUAGUGCUAUCACACAGGCCUAAGGGUCAGAAAUCUUAGUUCAAAGUGAAGUGUAGGACUUGAUGACUGACUAAACCAAGGUGCUGAAUGCUGUGUGAAGUGACAACUGAAUGAUUAAGCUAAGUACGCAUUGGAAUCAAUACUGUCACUUUAACAGGCUGUAUGUGUUAUCUGUGGUGAUAUUCAACCUCUUUUAAUCUAAUGUCAUUGUUGUAUCAGGGCUUCCCAACCAGGGUUAGACACCACUAUUAGUAAUACUUUUUUCAGAAUAUGGUCUGGACUAGUGAUGUGCCGUAACCACAAUAUUGCCCGAAGUUGAAAUUGUUGUGGUUGUUUAAUUAUGAGUCAAAUUAACUACGAAUACUAUGCGCUAUACUUGAAAUUUGCAUUUCAAGCCCAUCAUCUACAUUAUAUACAUUAAAGUGUUAUUUUGGGUAAAACAUUGCCAGCAGUUUAGGCAAUAAUCCCGGCAAUAGGAAAUAAAUUUACCGGCAGUGGUAAUAUUCGUCAGGCAGUCGUCAGGCAUAUCACUAGUCUGGACUGGACCAAGAUUUUGUCCAGUCUUACGAUUAUAUUGAUCCUCUCAGUUGUCUCCUUUGACAUAUAAGUUUCAUUUCAGUUUUAACCGUCGUAUUUAUUUGAAACUCAAGACAACAUCUCUGUCUUGUUUUUUUUAUUUCGCGGACAAUACUCUUCUGCAGACCACUACAAUAGUGGUCCAUGGACCACAGGUUGGGAACCACUGGUGUAGAUAAAUUAUUGCCAGUAAUGAAAAAGUUCAAUGUGAAUUGUGCAAUUAUUUAUUUUUAAUUAAUUACUAAUUCAAUUAAUUUGUGUCAUUGCUAUGGCAGCUAGCUGAGACAGUAUUGUACCAAUGUGUUGUUUAUUUUGUCCUAUUUAAUUAAUGCAUGUGCAUUAUGAACACCAAUUAUGUUUUGUUGUUAUUAUUUUCGUUUUAUGAAUAUAAGUAGUUGAUGUUUUAAAAUUGAUUUUGUGAUUUAUUGUGUACAUAUACAAAUUAUAUCAUCUCCAUCUGUUAAUUGCAAAUAAGCAAUAUACAAUUGAUCUUGAUAUUGUACUAUUUUGCAAUUAUUUUGUCUCCACUUUAAGUUCAUUUUGCAUAAUUAUAUUUGUUCAAAGAUUGUAGUCAAAACUUGUUAGUUAAAUUAAUAGAUUGUGUCUGUGAUCUAUGGCACUAAAGUUACGACGCCUAAUAUUUAGUUGUAAGAAUUAAAAUCCAAAAGAGUAUGAUGUAUACAUAAAUUAUGUAAUAUAAUGUUGUUUAUGUAUUGAAAUGGGAUUCCAAACUGUAAAAUAAUGUUUGAACUACAAUGUUAAGCCAUUUGUCAUAAAAAGAACUAUAGCCGUGAUUUAUCGGCAAUGGAACCGAUAUUGCUUAAUGAAACUGUAAUAUCCCCCAAGUUUGGCCAUUUCAUUGGCGUGGUAGGAAAAAUAAUAAUGUGUGCUCCGCCAUGACAGGCAAAGGGAACACCACAAUGCUGCCUUAGAUGAAUCAUUAUUUAUUUUACAGUUAGGAAACUUUAGUAAAAUCCUUUUUAUAUACUGUAGUUCAAGAUGUUUCGCGUGUGAUCUCGCGUGCUUUAAUCUAUUACUGGUUAAAUCUGAACAAAAGUAUAUUUAAUACUUGAACCCAUUUGCACUGAAUGACAGCUAACUUAUUAUCAAAACAAUAAUUAUUUAUUUAGUUCUUUCGUGCUAGUGGGUCCAAACCUGUAUGAAUGUUCUAAAGUAACUAUGUAUGUUGUUCUAGUUAUACAUUUUUAUAUGAUACUAGUUAUAGCUACUUACAAAAUGUGUAAGUAUAGGACUAAAGUAGGGUAUCCUAGCUUUAAGAGUUGAGUUGUUCUUAAUUUAACAAUUGGCUUAAAGUUGCAUUUAAUUUUAAAUCCUCAUACAAAUGAUCACAUACUGUAUACCGGUCAUGUUUUAGAAUGAAUCAGGUAUUUUGUAUUCUUUUUUUUUUAUUGUAGCACAGUCCUACUUGAAUAUAAUCAAGUGUUGUUGAA